AUGGUUUAUUACUUCACCUCAAAUGUGGUCAGCCCAGCGGCCUUCAUUUACGUUGGCAAGGACAAAUUCGAAAACGAGGACUUGAUUGAGUACGGAUUGGACUCUGAUGUUUGUGCCCACGUGUAUGUACGCCUCCGGGACGGAGAGACAUGGGACAACAUUGCGGAGAAGCUCUUGGAGGACUGCGCUCAGUUGACCAAAGCCAAUUCCAUUGAAGGAAACAAGAAGGAUAAUAUAACUAUCAUAUAUACCCCGUGGUCGAACCUCAAAAAGGACGGCUCUAUGGCGACAGGACAGGUCUCUUUCCAUAACCACAAACUUGUCCGCAAGGUCCUAGUACGAGAACGCGACAACCCUACCGUCAACCGGCUGAACAAGACCCGUGUCGAGAAAACCCCCGACCUACGAGCGGAGAAGGAGGAAUUCCUCAAGACGAAGCGUAACAGCGAACGGAAAACUCGGGACCAGCUCAAAGAAAAGGAAAAGCGGGAGAAGCGGGAGCGAGAACAACUCAAGUGGCAGAAGGACCAUGCGUACGACGAUAUGUUCAGUGAGGAGAAUAUGGAAGCGAGCAAUAAUCAAGAUCGGGAUGCUGAUUUCCUAGACGAUUUCAUGUGA